CUCACACGCCAAAACUUCUCCUAUAAAAUUAUCUCCUUAUUUCUUGGACUCUUCACUGAGGAAUUUCUUCAAGCAAUUUCUAAUGGCGAUUUCAAUGUUAACAGCAGCUACAAUUCCUUCCAUCAACUCUACUGCUUCUUCUUCUUCUUCUUCUACUAAGCUCUCUUCUUCAAUUUUGUGCUUCCCUCAACAACAACAACUUGGAUGUUUUCGGACCGGAAAUCUAAGAUUUUCUUCAUACCCAAAACGUCAAAUUCUCACUCGGGUUGAGGCAAAGAAACAAACAUUUUCUUCCUUCGAUGACUUGCUUGCAAAUUCCAAGCAGCCUGUUUUAGUUGACUUUUACGCAACCUGGUGUGGUCCUUGCCAAUACAUGGUUCCCAUUCUCGAUCAAGUCAGUCUCGAGUUGAAAGAGAAAAUACAAUUGGUGAAAAUCGACACAGAAAAGUACCCAAAAAUUGCUGAUAAGUACAAAAUCGAGGCACUACCUACAUUCAUCAUAUUUAAGGAUGGAAAACCUUGUGAUCGCUUCGAAGGUGCAUUGGCAGCUGACAAGCUCGUCGAAAGAAUUGAAACUGUAUUAAAGAAUGCUGAUGCACAGUAAAUAAUUCCUGCACAGGCGGUGAAGGUUUUCUCUAGUUUGCAUCAAGUUGCAGUCUAGUUUUACAAAACUCAUUUCCAUUGUUUUUUCUUCAUCAUUCGUUGCUAGGACUACCUUGACACACUUUUGUUGUUCUUUCUCUUCUGCUCCUCCUAUCCCUCUCUUCUGUAUUUCGGGUUUCGGAAUCCCUCCUUGUGGUAAAUAUUGCUCACACAAUUUAAUCGAUGGUUUAUUUUUCCCUUGCU